AGCCCUAAAAAUAUCCUCUGCAUUUGAUGCUCGUCACAGAGCGGUUAUACAAUCUGUGCCCUGACUUGAGCCUGCCAGAAUUAAACCAUAACAUGUUCUGCCUUUAAGGACUGCUGCACGACAAGCUGCCAGAAUGAUAUAAACAAGAUUUUCAGGCAGGAAGAAGAAGGACUUGGAUUUCUCGCUAAUAAAUCAUGUGUGAAAGGAAGCCACAGUGAGAAAAUGGCUUCUCGCAACUCAAAGACUGGCACUAAGAUAAAUGUUACAAAGGCAGCAGAGGAAUCCAGUCCAGUGGAUGAAUAUGUCACACCUGGGGGCUAUGAGCUGGAGAAAAUCCUAAACCGUGGGAGUGUGGCUUACACUCAUGUCAAUGAGGUCUGGCCUAAUGUCUACAUCGGGGACGAGGAGACUGCAAAGAACAAGUAUAAUCUGAAGAGGUUGGGGAUUACGCACAUUUUGAAUGCAGCAGAGGGGACAUGGAACAACGUGGACACCGGAUCGGGUUACUACAGUGACAUGGACAUUGUCUACUAUGGCGUCGCAGCAGAAGACGUCACAGCCUUUGACCUCAGCCAGUAUUUCUUCUCUGCUGCCCGAUUUAUAGAAGAAACACUGAGCAAUCCCCAGAAUAAACUGCUGGUGCACUGCGUAAUGGGAAGGAGUCGGUCCGCCACACUUUUCCUCGCCUACCUCAUGAUCUGUGAGAAGAUGACGGUGGUUGACGCCAUCGAACAUGUGAAAAAACGAAGGCGCAUCAUCCCCAACUGGGGCUUCCUGAAACAGCUGCAAGAGCUGGACAUGCACCUCCUGGAGAAAAGGAAAGACUCUACAGAGCAAGUUGAGGCCCAGGUCAAGUCUCAAGUCAUCAGGGACAAUUAAAAGUCUCUUGUCAUGUAAGACAAAUCUAAGUCACAUCAAAAGUCAUUCAGGACAAGUCUAAGUCACAAGUAACAUGAGACAAGUUCUAGUCAAGUUUUAGGUCUAUCACAGCAACUCAAACCCCAAGUAAUUCGGUACUAGUCAAGUACCAAGACUAUCACAGCAAGUCGCAAGUCAUUUAAGACAAGUCCAAGUUGAGUCUCAAGUAAUUUGUGACAAGUUUAAUUAAAGUCUCAUGUCUAUCACAGUUAGUCUCAAGCCAGGAUUCAAGUCACUGAAGACAAGUCCAAGCUAAGUUUCAAGUCAUUGGGGACUAUUAAAAGUGUCUGGUCAUGCAAGACAAAUCCAAGUCACAUCAGAAGACAUUCAGGACAAGUCAAAGUCACAAGUAUCACAAGUUCUAGUAAAGUCUCAGGUCUAUCACAACAACUCAAACAAACCCCAUGUAACUUGAUACAAGUCCAAGUCAAGUCUCAUGUAUAUUACAGCUCAGUGUCUCAAGUAAUUUGAGACAAAUCCAAGUUAUAUCACAAGUCUAAAUAUGCAAAUUGCAAGUUAAGAUGAAAGUAUUUCAGGUCUCUGAAUGCUGAACAUUUUUCCCUUUAAAGAUGUGUCAACCAUAUUUUUUCAUAACAGACCAAUUGCUUGUAGUAGAGGCCUAAUAAUUAAAUAUUCAAUAUGUGUGGCCAUGCAAUGCCUGCCCAUUGUUGUUCCAUUUGUUUUUACUUUUCUGUAAAUUUGCCAAGUACAAACCUGAGAAGUAAAAGUUUUUGCUUUUAA